AUGUGACAAUAACAAACUAAACUAAAUAUUGCCAAAAAUAACAGUCACUAACAUUGGAUAACAUUCUAAUUUCAUUGAAUAUGACAAUGAUCUGAUAAUGACAGAAACACACCAUCAAACUAUUUAUUUAACCAGAGGGUGGUGAAUUUGUGGAAUUCAUUGCCACAGAUGGUGGUGGAGGUCGUCAUCGGAUAUUUUUAAAGCAGAGAUUGAUAGGUUCUUGAUUAGUGCGGGUAUCAAAGGUUACAGUGAAAAAGUAGGAGAAUGGGGUUAAGAGGGAAACAGAUCAACCAUGAUCAUAUGGCGGAGCAGACUCAAUUGGCCGAAUGGCCUAAUUCUGUUCCUACAUUUUAUGGUCUUAUGGUCUCAUCCUGAUAUGUAACAAUGAAAAGAUUACAAAAAGUUAAUAUUUUUCCUUUUUAAAUUGAGAUAGGAGAAAUUAUUAUUGGGGAAUAAGAGAAUGACAUAGAAAUUAACCAAAUGUUUUUUUUCUAUUUAUUACAGGGGAAGACACAAAAAGCUUCUUGAAAUUAACUGAGAACAAUAAUUCUGGAAUGAAAGAGAAGCUGAAAGAAAUCAGAAUUGGUUAAAAAAAAAGUGUAUUUGGAGAAAUGAGCUAGAGUGCUGGAGGAUCUAAAGGGGCCAGACAGCAUCUGUGGACGAUGUUAGUUUGGGCUGGGACCCUUCUUUGGUUUGAGAGUCCAUUUGUGUUGGUUGUAUCAUAGUUAACUGGUGACAAGUUAUACAUUUGCACAAUACACAGGACUAAAUUAUUUGUUUUUUAUGUCAGUAAUGAAAGAGCAUACUGAACUUCUUCUGCGUUCUUGCCUUAAAAGUUUUAAUGCACGUCUUGAAUCUCCUACAGAGCCUUCACCAGUUCCAUAAGAAGUCUCUCUUCACUUUGCAUGUGCAUAGUCAUAUAAGUUAUGCCUGAUGUUCACCAAUGGGAACACUUGCAUGUGAGUGGUUAUGUUUUGUUUUCAGUUUCACACGUUACAAUUGAGUACGAGAGAAUGAAAGAUAAAACGCACAAUUGUUACAGAACUUCUGAACCUUCUGAAUUUGUAGUCGGCAGGGCAGUACUCUGCAUAUCGCCAACUUGGAUGUGUUUUGCAUGCUAACGUGCUGUUAGUGCCCCCUUAAAACUGUCUAGUGAAGGUGAUUUGACUAUAUUGUUGACUAGUUUAUUCCAUUCCCUUAAGGUUCUUACGAGUUCUUAUAAAUACCUGUCCUGGCGAAUGGGGUUUCUAUUUGCAUAUUAUUUCUCUUUCUUGUUCUCCUUUCUGUUGAGUAUGUUAUGUAUCUAUCUGCAGUUAUGCCCUCGACCCCCUUUUGAACUGCUUGCAUUUCGCCGUCGUAUGAGACAAAUAGACAUUUCAUCUGGUGGUUUGGAUAAUUUUAAAUAGUUACAUUUCUGCAUUCCGUGAUCCCUCCGUAUUUGUGGGAAACCAGCAAACUUGUGUCGGCUCAUUCUGACCGACCUCACUGGUGCAAAGCUGAGGAAUACACCAAGCAAGAAGCAAAGUGCUAAGGAAACAGCGUCUCGGGCUGCAAGUGUGAAGGGAGUGGACAGGCGACGUUUCUGGUCUAAGCUCUUUUUCAUUCACAGAUGCAACUUGAACCACUUGGUUCCUCCAGCACUUUACGCAAGAUGUCGGCAUCUGCAGUUGCUUGUGUCUCACGAACACACCAGCCCAUACAAAAACGGCAUAUGUUAUUCAUUGAAACGUUUAUAAGCAGCUGGAGGGAUAAGAAGCUGAUUUAUAAACAGCUGACUUCAGAAUACUACAAGUGUCUCCAAAUGAGCCCCGCGUCGUAGAGACGGGGCUGUGAUCAUUUUCAGCGCCAGUGGAAGAGUGUGCCUACUAAACACAUUUUGGCCAGGUAUCUUUAAAAAUAGUUGGCGUCACUUUUCCUAUGUGCGUCAAUGGACGGUAAGCACCUCUCAAGGGGACUGACGUUGCAUUGCGGCUGCCUUCCAGUAGAUGGCAGAUAAGCACCAGUCUAUCUGACCAUAUCAAAGAAACCACCUACCCAUACACGUCCAAUAUCUUAGACGCUCAGUGCAAUGUUGUUAGAUUGCACUGAUUUGUCCAAACCACAAAAUGACAUCAACUGUGGGCAGUGUUUUUCAUCUAGCUUUUGUAUAAAGAGCUGCUUAAACAAAAACAUAAAUAUAGGCUUAACAGCUGCAAGCAGAACCCAGAUUUCGCAAGUGUCUGCAGGCUUGCGAAGGAGGAGAGAAAGAUCAGAAUUUGUAUUCCAAUCUAUCUUACUGAGAAAGAUAGCUACACUGGUGAAAAUCUGACCCAUUGCAAGAGGUUUUUUUUGGCCACAUUUGAAGAUAACAUAUCUCCAGAGUGACGCAGAACCUAUCACAGCAUUGUAUUCUAAACAUGACUUCAAAUGGAAUUCAAACACUAUUGCUCUUCCUGUUGAUGUGUGGCGUGUCUGCAGGUCCUCUGGAAAGAAAUGACUGUGUACUUGCACCAGUCGACGAAUCGCAUCCAGUUAAGACAUUGCUGGAGAGCUUUACUGUGUUAUCAGGCUGCGCAAGUGGAGGAACAACAGGGCUUCCUCAAGAGGUGCACAUUAUCAAUUUAAAAAGCACUGGAAAAGAGCCCAGUCACCACGGCAAAGGCAAAAAUGCUGGAGUUCAUGCCGACCGUAAAGAUGAGGUGACACUGAAUUUAAGACCCAUUUUCUCCAUUGACAUCCAUCAAAAGCCUUUGGUAUUUGUGCUGAAUUCCCCAAGACCUGUGGUUUGGAUUAUAAAGGCAAAGCAAUUGGCACCAGGAGUACAACGUUUGUUCCAUGUGUCUACGAAUUCUACAGUUCAGUUUCCAUCAGCAAACUUUACCUCAUCAAAAUCAUUGGAAGAGCAUUCACUGCCUCAAGGUAGUAAACACUUACUGCAGUGGACCCAGAGAAAAUAUGGGUUCGUAACAUCUUUUACUGAACUGAAUAAGGUGAAUAAUAUUUACAUCAAAGUGGGUGAAGAUCCUGCAUUGUCACCGACGUGCAUAAUAAAGAAAAACUUUCUGUCUCAGAAUUAUCUGGGAGCCUAUUUAAAAAUGCAACCUGCACAGGGUUGUACAACUUCAUACCCAGCCGAAGAAAAAGAGGUUCAUGUUAUUGAGCUUGAAUCCCCAAGUUCUAGUACUUACAGCAGGAUUUUCAAAGUGGACAUUGUUGUCGACAUACGACCAAUGCAUGCAGACACCGUGCUCUCCAGAAAUAUUUUGCUGAUCCUCAAAUGUGAGAAAGCAGUCAAUUGGGUAAUUCAGUCCCAUGGUGUCAGUGGAAAGCUCGAAGUAAUUAUCUCUGACAGGGACAGUAUUAAAUUUAGUCGCGAGACAGAAGCAUCCAUGGCUGUGGUGAAGAAAACCUCAUCUAAUCUGACGACCGCCAAGCUUGACCUUAUGCGUUGGGUUCGAGAACGAGGUCACAGCACGAUCACUUCAUAUACAAAGGCCUCGGUUGCCAACCACAUUCAUUUAAGGCUUCAGGAAACUGUUGAAGAAGAGGAGGUCGAGUCCUUCCUGCCACCAGAGCUGACUAUUCUGAGGGAGCCUUUGCAAUCGUCAGAUCAGGCCUUGCCUGGGCAUAGAGAAGCUCUUCCGUUUCCAUUUCACUUUGACCAAGAAGAAUAUGACGGGGUGGACACAGCUCACAAGUUGCCACAGCGAUCACAAGAUAGUACAUUUGAAAGGCUAAUGAGAAGUGGAUUACCUGAACCAGAAAUUCAAACUAUUGAUAAUGUGGCCCUAUCUGUUCAAUGCAAAGAUGAAAAAAUGAUCGCUGUAAUUGAAAAGAGCAGCUUGCAGAUUGACACAUCUACAGUUAUGGAGAUUACUCUACUGGAUCCAAAAUGCAAAGCAAAAGUAAAUGCCACGCAUUAUAUUUUGGAAUCUUCACUCACUGGCUGUGAGACGACUAUGUACCCUUCCAUGGAUGGUUCCACUGUCUAUUUGAAUUCGAUUGUGAUGCAGUUGGAGUAUGCCAUUGAAGAAAGCGGAUGGGAUAGUGAUAAUGAAGAAUCUGGAGACAAUGGCUUUCCUGGAGAUGGUGAUGACCUAGUUGGAAGCAGACCCAGAACUAUUCUGUUUAACUGUACAUACUCAUCAGCGAGCAAGAAAUCAAAAGUGCCUCGACGCCGUAAUUUCCCUUCAAUGAACCAAGUCAACAACGCGACUUUGAACAUGGAGCUGUACAGCACAGAUUUGUUCCGUGCACCCACACAGGGAGUGCACACUGUUUCGGAAAAUGCCCCAUUAUUUGUUGAGGUGUCUAUAACGAAAUCUGACCCAGAUAUCAGUUUUGUCAUCCAAACAUGUUACAUUUCUCCAUCGUCGGACCCUGCUGCCCAUUCAAACUAUGCCAUUAUUGAAAACAUUUGUCCAAGAGAAGACUCGGUGGCCUUCUACAGUUCCCAGAAGCUUGAUUUCCUCAUACCGCACGCAGAGAUGGAGAAAAAGAGAUUCAGCUUUAUCUUUAAGCCAGUCUACAACAUGUCCUUGGUUUUUCUUCAUUGUGAAAUUACGUUAUGUAGUAAAAAGGAUGGUGAAACCCAAGGAUUUCCUAAUCUCCCCAAGUGUAUUCCACCUGAUGAAGCUUGUAUAAGUGUGAAUUUUCAAAUAAUAAUGGCUAUGGCAAGGAACAGGCAAUCAUUUACAAAGCCACUGGCCGUCAUUUCUGGAAAAGUUGCUCCAACCAUCGCACAAGUGAAAAUGGACACCCAGAUUAUUGCCGAGAAACCAAGGCCUUAUAUAAUUUAUGGUCUGGAUACUCCCACAGUUGUGGGAAUUGCAUUUGCAGCCUUUGUGAUUGGUGCCCUUCUGACAGGAGCUUUGUGGUACAUUUACUCCCGCACAGGUGAAACAGGUGGAAGGCAGCAGGUCCCCACAUCUCCUCCGGCGUCAGAAAACAGCAGCGCCGCUCAUAGCAUUGGAAGCACACAGAGCACUCCCUGUUCGAGCAGCAGCACGCCCUAACCCUGAGGGAAAUAGCUACAAGGAAAUGAAGUGUAGAGGCAAAUUCAAAGUGGCUAUGUGUUGGUUAAUAUCCCGAGGAUAAAAGGAAGAUCUUCAGUUGCCUCUUGAAAGCUGACAUAUACUUUCAAGACAAAAAAUAUCAUCUUAAGUUGCUGUAUACUUUAGGCAAACUGACUUCUCUCAAGCGCAUAAUGCUAUAUGUGAUGAAACUACUAAUUACCCUGAAUAGGAACUUGCUAACAAUUUAUAUGUUCCUUAUGUGAAAUUUGUACCAGAUAUUUUUCAAUGCUGCUUAAUGUCUAGAAUGCGGCCUUUUAAUUAUUAUAUUGACUUCAUUGUGAACACCAGCAACUUUUUGAACGCCG